AUGCUGGCGGAGAAAUAUCCGUUCCUGGCGGAGGUUCGGGCGUUCCUGGCGGGGAGCAGGGGGAACCCAGCGGACAGCAUGGCGGUCCUAGCGGACAGCAGGGGGGUGGCGGUGGACAGCAGGGGGGUCUUGGCGGAGAGCAGGGAGGAUCCGGGGGACAGCAGGGGUAUGGCGGCGGACAGCAGGGCGGGAGCGGCGGACAGCAGGGAGGGAGCGGCGGACAGCAGGGGGGUGCUGGCGGGGAGCAGGGGGGUGUUGGCGGGGAUCAAGGGGGUGCUGGCGGGGAUCAAGUGGGUGCUGGCGGGGAUCAAGUGGGUGCUGGCGGGGAGCAGGGAGGUGCUGGCGGGGAUCAUGGGGGUGCUGGUGGGGAGCAGGGGGGAUCUGGCGGGGAGCAGGGGGGAUCUGGCGGGAUUGCAACACCUCAGAUUGUAG